CCCAGCCCUGGAAACAGAACCAAGAUGUCGGCGUGUGGUGGAAACUGCGACAUGAAGCGGUCUGAAAGCCCCGGCUCCGAGCCUCCGAAGCCCUCCGAACCGUCCGAAGGCUUCGGUUCCGACCCCCCGAAGCUGUCGGAGCUGUUGGACCGGGGCUGGAGGAUCUUUGAGGAGGUGGACAGCACCAACGAGCCGCUCAACUCCAGCCCGGUCCAGGCCCGGGUGAAGCAGGGCAUCAGCCUGCUGGAGGACGCCUCCCGGAUGGCGGCUCAGCUGCAGCUGUUCAGCCGCAACGAGGAGCUGGAGGAGGUGUCCACCUCCGACCUCAAGUACCUGCUGCUGCCCGCCCUGCUCGGAGCGCUCACCCUGAAGCGGAGCGGCCGGGAGCGGCGGCUGGAGAGCCUGCGGGCCGCCCGGGUCUACUUCAUGGACUUCCUGACCAGGUGUCAGGACUACCACAUAGCCCGGUUCAGCCUGCCCCGGCCCGGGCCCCGCGACACGGACCAGGACCGGGACCGGAACGAAGCCUCAGACCCGCAGCCCGUGCAGCCCGCCGCAGACCUGGUCUCCAUGGCCGCUCAGAGACAAGCCAAGAUCGAGCGGUAUCGUCAGAAAAAGGAGCUGGAGGCCAAGCUGUCCGACGCCCGGAGAGCCGUGGACACGGGACAGGCGGACGAGGAAGUCCAGAGAGACUUUUACCUGCUGAGCGUCCGCAGGUGGAUCACUGUGGGGCUGGAGGAGGUGGAGAGCAUCGACCAGGAGCUGGAGAUCCUGGAGAAGAUGGGCGGUCUGCAGCACGGCCCCAGGCAGCCCCCGCCCACCCGGCCCCCCAUGAAGCCCUUCAUCCUCACCAAGGACGCCAUGCAGGCCCAGGUGUUCGGGGCCGGCUACCCCAGCCUUCCCACCAUGACGGUGGACGACUGGUACGAACAGCAUAGGAAGCGCGGCGUGCUGCCGGACCAGGGCGUUCCCCGAAGGGUCCCCGUGGAGGAGGACGCCGACGCCAAGGACCGCGAGGACGAGGACAAGGAGAGGAAGGCGGAGAACGACGAUGAGGAGGCUCUGCAGAAGGCCAGGAGCUGGGACGACUGGAAGGACUCUCAUCGCCGUGGUUACGGGAAUCGUCAGAACAUGGGCUGAUGGCGCCGACGCCCCCCUGCCUCCCCGGGGGUCAGCUGGACUGUUGACGUUCCACACAGCUGACGUUCUGUUGGUUCUCGUUCAGGACUGGAUCCAGUCGCCGCCGCCAUGUUUCUCAGUUUGUGUAUUCUGCCGACGUGUCAUUGUAAAAUAAAGAGACUGCUACACCCAGGCUGCAGGCGCCGAGCAUGCUGGGAAACCUUCCAGCUGGCUGCGCAGAGGGAACACCUGGAUGUGACCUCUGACCUCUGAAGUCAGGAUUAGAAAACACUCGAUUUACAUUAAAGUCAAGGAUGUCAGUGUUGGUCAAACAUUAGUAAAUAUGUUUUAUUUAACAUUCGAUCCAUCAGUUAGAUUUAUUAAACCUGAAGAACAUUCCGUUUAUUGAUAUAGUGACUCCUCCCACCUGACCUCCAAAAGAAGGGUCUUCAUGAAACCUCAUGAUUAACACUUAAGACACAAUCUUCUGGGGGUGUUUAGUGUGUGUGAGAGAGAGAGUGUGAGAGAGAGAAAUGUCA